CGCGAACGGCCGUCCUGGCGGCCGAUCGUCUACUUCAACAUCCUCAAGGCCAUCCGCAUGAUCCUCUCCGAGGUCGACUACGAGUACUUCUCCAAUACGCCCACCUCCCCGCUCAUGCCCUCCCCGUCGACCACGUCGCUCACGUCCGUCGCGCGCUCCAAGAUCUCCGUCGGCUAUGGGACCGGCAGCCCCUCGGUCGAUCCCGCGUGGCUCAUGGAGCUCAGCCAGCUCCGGAACAAGCUCCUCCCCCUCGUCGCCAGCGAGGAGGCACUCGCGAGCGAACUCAGCGGGGGCAUCACGGUCACCGGCGGGAAGUCAGGGGUGUUUGUGAGGGCGGGUUGGCAGGCACUGAACACCGCGACGCGGUCGUGGCCCCUGGCGGACAUCCGGAAUGGCAGCGGGCCGAGGGCCCCGGUUAUGACGGACAUUGUCGCGAAGACGCUGGAUGCGAACCAGAAUGAGAUCGAGGACCUGUGGCAUCAUCCGGGGGUGCGAUCCUUGUUGGCGACGAACAAGUUGAGGCUGGAGGAGUAUGCUGAAUUCUUCCUGGACAACAUUCAUCGCAUUGCAAGACCAGACUACCUGCCCUCAACAGAUGACAUCCUCCAUGUUCGCCUCCAAACACUCGGCGUGAAGGAGCACGCAUUUGACAUCAAUAUGGGUGGUGUCACCUACAACUGGCUGUUAUACGAUGUCGGCGGCGCACGUGGCCAGCGACAAGCCUGGAUCCCAUAUUUCGAAGACGCGGCGGCGAUUAUUUUCCUCGCGCCCAUCAGUGCCUACGACCAGUACUUGGAGGAAGACCCGCGGACGAACCGCAUCGACGACUCGCUCCAGCUGUUCACGUCGACCGAUCUGUUGAGGCAGAAGCUCGAUGCGGGGAUCAAGGUCCGGAAAUACAUCUCGUCGUACGGCGACCGGCCAAACACGUAUGAAGAGGUGUCGGAGUACUUCCGCGCGCACUUCAUCCAGGUGCACCGGCGGAAGGACGUCAACCGGCGGCCACUAUUCGCGCAUUUCACGUCGAUGUUGGACAUCAAGACGACGCAGAGUAUCAUCGUCAACGUCAACGAGGCGAUCAUGAGACGACACAUGGCGACGGUCGGCCUCGCAUGAUACCCCCACGUCCGUCCGUGCUCCACCCUCGCACUCUGCUUUGCGCUGUUUGUUGUCAUUUAGCUGUAUCAACCUACCGACUAUUGUAGCGUGCUCUGGCUUGUCUGGUUUCUUGGCGCGGGUGGGCGGACGGACUGCUGUAGGAUAGUAAGUAUUUUGGGGUGGCGGGUUUGGGGCGGUAGAGGUGGUUUAAUACUAAUAUGACGGUUAUGAGGCUUC